GCGGUCUUUCAGGCGGACAUUUGCGGUUAUGAGCCAGUCACGUACGAAUCUGAGGACGAGGGCUCGAGUCGUCGAAACUACUUCAGUCGAAGGAACAAAAUCGACACCUCAACCUACUCAAAAGAGGACAUCAAAGAACAGUACUGCAUCAACGAUAAGCAACUCUCUGUCCUCGAGCAUGUUCACGAGUCUUCCAGCUUCUUCGGUUGCCUUUCUAGUUACCAGGACUCGUCUUGUCGAACGAGGAGUCCGAGUUUGCUGUCCGUCUGCGUUCGACGACGCGUGCCCAGCGACGAGAACUUGCACGACCUGUGCCGUCAGCCGCCGAUCCCGCGCUGGCCCCGCAGGUUCGUGCACCUGCCCCCCUACCCCCACUACCACUACCCCCCAUUUCAAGACUGCACCUUCUUCGCUCACAAACCACCAUCGCUGUAUUCCGACCCCAACUACUACUGGGUCACUGACGAGGAAAUCAUUCGAAUGGAACGGCCGGUGCAUUCUGUCUGUUCGGAGGACUUCUCGGGAAGUGGCUACGACAGUUAUCCCCGUCGAUCCAAGAGAAAGCCUCACUUCAUGAGUUACAGCUCCGAGUACCUCCACGGAGGGGGGAGUGCGGGGGGUGGUGGUCGUGUCNCCCCGCCGCCACCCCCACCGCCACCACCCCUGCCGCCCAGCCAGCCGAUUGUUCAACCUCCUAGACAGAAACACGUGAGUUUUGCCCGCUCGCCAACUUUAACAUCUUUCGAGGACCUUUCUUCCACUGCCAUUACCAACAACACAACUUGUAGUCAAGAGAGACUGAUAGACUGUAAGAAAUUGGAUAGCCCGAAAGAGUCACCCAAGACCAUAAUUUCAGAGAAAAUCAAACGUGCUCCGAUGAAAACUCAGGCUACUCAAACUGAAGCUUGUCUAGGACGAAAACCUCGACCUGCUUCUCAUCUUAUGCUUAGUCCAAGAUUAGUGCAACGGGUUCACAUGGUAUCGCAAGGUGCACAGACGAACGGACAGCUAAACGGAGAUCGAGGAGUCGGGAGGCGACUUCUGAAAAGUUACUCGGAGGUCGGCGGUCGCUUCAGCCUGACGGAAUCCAAGCAAGAGUUGCACGAGCCACUUCAGCGCACUCAGUCGGAGGAACCGCCUAAGUCACCUUACACGAUGGACGACGACACGAUGGGGCCGGAGAUCUUCAUCGACUUCGAGCCGCAGGAGACGCGGCGGCGGCGCGGGCUGGAGAAGACCCUGUCGGAGGGACAGAUCCUCGGGGAGAAGCCGAGCAAGCCCGAGCGGGAGACGACCAUGUCCGACGGGGAGUUCCGCUACGAGGAGACCGAGACGGAAACGGAAACGGACCCCGAGCUGGAACCGGAAACCGGGGUCGGAUCGCGACUCGGCCCGGAUCGAGUCCUCGAGGAGGUCGCCCACAAGCUGGAGAUGUCGCCGUCCAACAGCUCCAAUCUGAAUCAGGAUCAGUCCGUCUCCUCCGCCCCGACCAAGAGACUCAUGAUGGCGGAUUCGCUGGAAGAGGAGUUCCACGAGAAUUUGAUUUACGGCGGGCUAUUCAUGAAGCGGGAGGUCUCGUCCGGGGAUCGGGAGCGGUUGGAGGAGCUGGAGCUGGAGAUGGAGCCUGAUAAAUUGUCCCCGGCGGCGACCGGGAGCGGGGUCUCCGGCGGAUUAAAAGCCUCAUCACCAUUCGUCUCCAGCGACUCACUUAAAGACCACAGCGACAGCAUCUGGAACGAGUCGCAAACUACGGUGCUGCACGACUCGGAUAAUAAUGGUGGGUGCACGAAUGUGAGUUUAUCAGACAUCAGUUCAUCCUUGACUCCAGCCACUCGUAGGAGACAUCGACUUAUUCUUCAACACCAGCAGCGUUCCUCCAUUGACACCGAAGCUCUGGAGACAGAGGAUUUCGAAUUAGAAAGCAAGGUGUGUCAGCCUGUAUCAACUUGUAUUCAACCAGUCGUGCCUUCUGUUGCCAUAACGACACCAACUUAUGCACAUACUUUAAGCUCUGUUAGUAGUUCUGUCCAUUCAAAAAGGCCUAAAGAUCAAGGAUCUACCUCCAAAAGAAAAUCUGUCCAAACACCUAAAGCUUCUGACGGAGACCAGCAAACCCCCCUAUCCAGGAGCUCCAGCUCUGAAUUGUUAGACCGCGUAGAGCAGAGCCGCACAAACGAUGUUUCAGAGACCUCAACCGUCACUGAAGAAUACGCCACUGCCACGGAAAACAAUUCGGCGACCCCUUCAGGAAGAGCUUCAUUAACAGGUCCCGUCAGCUCAGUUGAGAGCGCCUCAUCCAAACACAGUUUAUCUCACGAUGACGGCUUUAAAGAUCAACAACAGGGAUCACACCAAUUGCCCUCAGCCAUUGCAGAAGAGAAACCGAGUCUAGAAGAUUCCAAGAGAUGCAAAUCACCAGACGCCGAAAGUAGUAGCUCUGGAAGUUACAGUAUCGAAGGUGUAAGCAGUGAGGAGAAAUGCAUGUCAGACCACUGCUACUCUGCGGCAGAUGAAUCCGAGCAGCAAUCGCCAAAAGGCUGGCCUGAGGAAGAUGGCAGGAGAAGUAGAAAGGCUUUGAAAGUGCGACCAUCUCCACACGGAGAGCAGGAGGUUCCUAAGAGCAGUCGACCACAGACGUUCUCUUUCCAGUACCGGUCCGGCGUACCUAAUGAGGAAAAUGCUGAUCCACCACAAAUAGCCAAAACAUCCCCGGAAGAUUCCAUCCACAAAAGAGCGAUCAUUGGCAAUGGUGUCGAGGAUCAUUCAUCGGACGAGUCCGCUUCAGAGUGUGCGUGCGGACGUAGAAGAUUCAAUAGGAGAAAAACAAACUGCAGUCGAAGUCCUUUGUCCCAUACAAGGCCGAAGAAGAGACAACAAGGAUUGCCAAAAACAGUGAGUUUAGUUGCCGAUGGAAAUAGAUCAGUCCCUAGAAUAAAAACACCAACAGCCUUAAGCCCUGGACACGGAACCAGUAAAAGUUUGGGAGACAGCCCGACCAGUCUCCACACUGAUAAGGAUUCAAUUUCUCUAGCCUCUGCUGCCAGUAUCGAGUCGAUCCGUCUGUCUAGUCCACGUAGUGCAGACUCAGUUUUUUAUUCACCAGAGCAUCACUCUUGCCACCACUGUGGUAAACAGAUUGACUCUCAAACAUCGGACACAAAUUUUUGUCAGACUAAAGUUAAAAGUAAAAGCGCUGAAAUGGACAUUGUGAAACCUCCCGCUGGCUUUGCUGAUUCUCCACAAUCACAUCAGCGAUUAACAUUCCAAACACGGUUAUUCAAGAAAAAUGAAAAAACAAGAUUUCGUUCAGAGGAGCGUUGUUUCAACAAAAGGCACCGGGCCGAAAAAACUCGAGCCAAAUCUGAGGAAAGAGUGAAGGAAAAAUCUACUGAAAAACAAAGUCUAACCACUCGUUCGACAGACGCAAGUAUAGAAGAAUUGAGGUUGAGCCCGUUUGGGGAUUCUAAAGAAGAAUUGAGCGGAGUUUACAAAGGCCUUUAUUGCGAAUCGUCAUGGGUUUUUGUGUCGGAUACUUCAGAGUUCCCAGCAUUUCAGAAAGCAGACAGUAGAGAUGAGGAUGAUCAAAAAGAGCCAGACAGAGUAAACUACACAGAGGCUUUUGAAUCUGAAAGAGAAUUCCGGAAAAAGUAUCAAGGCAUUACUCAACGAAUGUUCCACCGAAAAGCGAGCCUUGAGAUGUACAAAAGGAUGGCAUCUGCUAAAAAAGUCGAGAGUGAUAAGAAGCUGUUGGUGAAACGAAUUUCAACAGGGGAGUUUGGUUUCCGCAUUCACGGAUCAAGACCAGUUGUUGUCUCAGCGAUCGAGCCCAACACUCCGGCGGAAACCUCAGGAUUGGAGGUUGGGGAUGUGAUUUUGAGCAUCAACAAAACGUGUGUCCUCGAUGCUACACAUAGUGAAGUUGUGUCUUUAGCUCAUUCAGGCUCUGAUACUUUAGAAAUCGAAGUGGCCGUCAUGCCAAAAAACUGUGAUACUAUAGAAAUCGUUAAGUCCGGACCACUUUGGAAACUAACAACCCUCCAGUCAAACAAGGAACUAACCUGGAUUCUGAGGUUCUUCUCUUUGAAAGAAGACAACUGCCUUUAUUUUUACAAGACUGAUUCUGAUACCGUUCCAUCAGGAGCCAUAAGACUGACAGGGUAUCAUAUUUCUAGAACUCCUGACAGCGGACAUUCAUUCAGCUUCCAUUUGACGAGACCUGGCUCGCUCACUUAUCAAUUAGCGGCGGAAAAUCAAGAGGAAACCGAGAGUUGGCUAACGGUUCUUCAACAAGCAACUUGCCAGCAAAUGAAAAGUUUAGUGGACCAUGAAAACAUGUUAAAACCUCCAAGUGCCAUUCUCGAUCCUGACUGUGAUGGAUAUCUUACUGUUUUACUUCAUUUGCGCCAAAAAAUAUGGAAAAAGAAGUAUGUCUUGCUCAAGAAUGCAUUUCUUUUCUUUUUUCGGCACAUCAAUUCUGACACAGCCUUCGCACUGGCUAGUCUGCACGGUUACCGGGUACAAUGUUCGAAUACUGUGAAGCAAAAAUUCCUGUUUGAACUAAUCCCUCCAGAUUGUUGUUACAAGCAUUUUCAUUUUUAUACAGAUAAUGAAAUCGAUAGAAAAAGAUGGAUAACUGCUCUAGAAUUUUCCAUCGACAGAUGGAUUAAAGUUGGCUGAAGUGAUUCUGUUUUUCCCUGUUACUCUGCAUGGAGCAAUUAAAUUUAUAAUCUUGGUGCUAAACAUCAAAAGGAGUAUGUAGUUGGGAAAAUUAGUUUUUAAAAUACCGCCAAUUGCUUUUUAUGUUCUUUCCUUCUUUUCAUUGUGUAGAUAUAAAGGCACUAAAGAAAAAACCGAAAGUGGAGAGAGCAGUAUUAUCUCAUCACUCCUGUCAAUUUCUACGUCCAUUAGUUCAUAUCACGGAUCGAGGACUUAUUUUAUUUUUUUUUGUUAUAGUGAUUGGUCAUCCUCUGAUAUCGUUGUUAUUUCUGUACAUAGAAGUUAAGAAUUUUUACCUUAAUCUGUCAAAGAAUCCUAGAACCGAUGCAAGAAAUUUGAAAUACCGAGCAUCUGGGAUUAAUGAGAGAACUAAGAAUCUGUAAAAAUCUAUCAAAUUACACUUAAGUUCACUUACGUGAUAAGGUAACAGUUACCAUUUGUUUUCCAGUUCACAUUUUUAAGCGGUGCUCUUUCAAUAAUUUGUGUGAUGGUCAUCGUCGUAUAUCCACCUUAAAUGGAUACCUACCUAUAUAGAUCUGUUUAGUAAAAGAUAAUCUCUCACUGCCAUUUUCUCUUGUUGUAGGAAUGCAAAUUUCGUUACUUGUUUUCUAAUUGUUGCUGCACCCUUAAUCAGUGCAGUUAAUGUGAAUUACCUACUUUUAUCUCAAGUUUAAUAUCAUACCAUUACAGUGCAUGAAUUUUAUCCAAGCAUAUAGGUACAGAAAACUAUAAAUGGAGACAAAGCUGGGGCACUCGGGCUCAAUCUGGUACAGAAAACUACUUGCUUUUUAAAAAUUUCAGCUGCUCCAUGGUGAUAGCUAAGUGGUACUUAUGGCUUUUAAAGUAAGUUCUUACAAGCCAUCAGGUCUUGUUUGAAUUUUUCACCUUCCAACAUUUUCAAACUCAAUGAAUUUUUCCACCACUCUCACACUUAAGGGACAAUGUUUGUCCUUAAUAUUUUACCCUGUUGAGUCAAGUCGAGGGCCAACUUUAGUACUAUGGAUCUUGAGAUAAAUUUUUGGGUUAAGAGUAGAAACCUCAACCAGUUUUUCUUACAAGCGAUCGAUGGAUGUUAUGUAACUACCUGAUAAAAAAAUAGGGAAUCAAUCGCAGUCCAUUUUAAUUUUAAAAUUUGAAUUCAGUUUAAUGAAUGUCAGUUAGCUUUUAAGCGAGGAUUUUAGAUGAUGGUCAUUUACCUUGUCAUCCUUUAAGUAUAUUAUGUAAUACCCAAACUGUUUCUAUUCAAAUUCUCUCAAAUUCCAUCCAACAGUAAUGCUUGUAUUCGAUCCUAUUACCUACUGUGCUUAGGUCAAAUUAUUAUCCUUCUGAAGUUAGUGAAAACUUAAAGCAGCAGAUGAGAGACGAGAAGAAACAGAGGUAUUUAAGAUAAAACUCUCAGAUCCCUAUUCAUGCAGUUUUUUUUUUUUUUUUUUAUUUAUUUAUUUAUUGACUUUUAGAUUUUAUAUUUUUGUUGAAUUGUUUUCUGAUAAAGAAUGGCCGAGAGGUCCUCAAAAAUGUUUAAUUUGAUAAAAUUUACUACCUAUCAAGCUAGUUCCUAGUCAUUUGAUUUUGUCGUAAUUUUAGUGUAAAUUCAUUCACUGAGAUCUUCAAUUCCUAUCAAGUUGAAGGUAUUAAUUCAAACUUUGACAUCUUAAUACUUCAUCAAUUCAGACUAGUUUUUGUACUCUCCUUUGGUCUUUGUUUGUCAUUUAUUUCCUUCAUCUUUCUAUUUUCUAGCCAUUUACAGAAGUAUUCCUUCAUCAUUCAUUGAUUUUUUUUCUACUUUUGCAUAUGAAAAAUUGUUUUUACAGAUAUAGACUUUAUAUGCUGCAUGUUGACAUGGCCGACGAGUAGAUUUAUUUUCGAAGAAUGAAAAAGUAUUUCUAUGUGUUAACAAAUCCUAGUUUUUGUGUAGUUUUAUACAAAAGAAACUGAAGAAUUUGAAAAUUUUACCAAAGAGAGAUCCUUAGAGUUGAGUGAAUUUGACAGCAACCACCACAUGACCUCUUGCCAAUUAAGCUCACGUAUACAAAGGUAAUUUCCUUUUGGUGAAUUUAUCUGAAUGCAUCUGAGUUGCCUUUGGGCACUGUUUCUAUUUCUCUUGGGUACAGAAACCAUUAUCUCAAUGUAGCAGGAGGAGAAUUUAUCAGUGCCAAUGUCUGAUUUUUUUAUAAAAGGAACUUUUCAAAGUUUUAAAUUUUGACAUUAAGUUAACUUACAACCCCUACAGCUGAGAAUUCAGCAUAAGUUUGGUAAGAGAUCUAGGAAAACAUUUUCUAUUAAGAUAAAGAAGUUACUCCAUCUUGAUAGUCAGGGGCCAUUCAUAAAAUCGUAACAUUGAAUUUCCGAUUUUUCGACACUCCUCGAAACACUUUUGUGACUAAGAUCCUUAUCUUUCAAAGCAUGACAACAAAAUGGCAUUAGGCUCAUCUUGACCUCCCUUCCACUAAAAGUGUUACACAUUUUAUGAACGGCUUCUAAAGCUGUUCAUGUUUUCAUGUUUCCUGCUUUUCUUAAAACUUGCCAAAUUUGAAUAUUCGUGCUCAAAAAUAUGGUAACUUGGAGGACACAAAUGUUGGCUAAAAUCAAGUGAUAUAAAAUCAUGCAAAAAGGUUAAGGUAUCUAAAUGGGAGACUCGUUGAGGCCAACUUGUGCCUGAAAAGUUUGGCGCAAUUUGUACAAGCUUUUACUGUUCCUGCAGCAAAAACCUACACUUUCAAGAUUCCUUUGAACUGAAAGUGCCUUCUAUGACCCUCUUGGUGACAUUAAAGCACAAACAUUUCCGCAAGUACUGAUAAAAAUUUGAAAUCUAAUUAGAGUUGACAUAGAAUUACACUUGGACAGUUAAAGAAAGUUUGUUUUAUCAAAACUUGAUGACUAGCAUUCAGCAGCUUAUUGUGGCGUGUCAUAUAAAACGGUAAUCAUAUCGAGUGGUAGGUACAGCCUUCUGGCUCCUGACUAUGGCUACGUUUUUCUGAAACCUCAAUCAAACUCCAUCAGACAGAAAGAGCCACGCAGAAAUCCCCAUCGCACCCUGCCCCAUCACUGCAAACCUUCCCUGCUGGGGUAAGUUUCUUUAGGGGUUGUCUUAAAUGCAGUUGCGUAAAAUGCAUCUAGAAAAUAAGUUUGACCCCUAAUAGAAUUUUCUCUAAAAAUGAAAGUCAGUUGAUGAAAAAAAGUGACUGAUGUGCGCCCUCUUGAAAGAAAGAAAAUCUUGCGGUUUUAAUCCCUUUGAAAAUUGUCAUGAACGUAUUUCUAUGUGGACCCCUUCAUCAUAGAGUCUUGAGCGGAUCAAGUGUAAUUAUAAGGAAAUGACUAAGCAUAAAAAGAUGGAAGGGAUAAGUUACAGAGAUUGCCGUCCAGCUUAAACAUUCAACAGAAGUCCUGGAAAACUGCAUCUUAUCAUACAAUCAUGCAUGUUAUUGGAAAAUCCUAGCAAGGUCCUAUCAAUCUCAGGAUAAUUUUUUGUCAUGUGAAUUGGUUUAGAUAUUGUCUGCAUUACAUCACAGGUAAAACUUUUGUGACCAAGUCUCAAACAAAUUUUAAUAAAGAUCUAAUUUUUUUAACUUCUUCAUUGGAUUCCUUACUUAAAAAAUUGAUGGAGCAGUUAGAAAAAUAUGAAUCUCCAUUUGUAACAAUGCUAACAUUCUGCCAAGUUGUACUUGAAUGUGGGAAAUCCAAGUAUUUGGGAUUGAAAAAUGUGUAUGAUUUUUCUUGAAGUAUCUAAAAAUAUUCGUCAAUAAUUGUAUGUUAAAUAGUUUGUUCCCUUAUAGAAGAAUAAAGACACAGUAGAAAUUUUGAAACACAGC